AUGGCCAAACGAGUCCUCCUCACAGGUGCAAAUGGCUUCGUCGGCUCUCAUGUCCUCGAACAAUUCCUCCUCGCCGGCCACUCAGUCCGCGGCAUUGUCCGCAGCCAAUCCAAAGCACAACAAGUCCUCGCCGACUUCCCCAACCACGGAUCCAAUCUCGACUUCGGUAUCGUACCAGACAUCACAUCUCCUGGAGCAUUCGACGAAGUAGUCAAGUCGAACCCGCCAUUUGACCUAGUCAUUCACACUGCAUCGCCGUUCUUGUACCGUGUCAUAUCUAGUAAUCGCGAGUUCCUGGAUCCGGCUAUCAAAGGAACUUUGGAGGUUCUGAAAUCAGUUAAGCAAUAUGCUCCGAGUGUCAAGAGGGUGGUGAUUACGAGUAGUUGUGCUGCUGUUGUUGAUUUCUCUGCUCCGCCGUCUGUGCCGAGAAAGGUGUACACUAAAGAUGAUUGGAAUCCAACGACGUGGGAAGCUGCCCUGUCGGGAUCGCCGAAUACUGGAUAUCAAGCUAGCAAGAAGUUCGCUGAGCUUUCUGCUUGGGAUUUCAUCAAAACCGAGAAGCCAAAUUUUGACUUGGUCACAUUGACCCCUCCAAUGGUGUACGGUCCACUUCGACACUCGAUAUAUAGCCCAAAAGAACUCAACGAGUCUAACUCCAGGAUCUACAAACUCUUCAUCGAUUCCAAGAAAGACGCUGAGCUUCCUCCAAAUGGCAUGCAUGUGUACACUGACGUCCGAGAUCUCGCACUUGCGCAUCUCAAAGCAGCCACAGUGCCCGAAGCAUCUGGUCAGAGAUUCAUCAUCUGCGCUGGACAGGUCUCGUCGCAGCAGAUAUCAGAUACUCUGAGAAAUUCGCUGCCUGAGGUUGAGGAGCGGACUCCGAUUGGAGUUCCUGGAGGAAAUCCAUUACCUGAGGGUGCCUAUGAUUGUAGUAGUGAGAAGGCUAGGAAUGUGCUGGGGAUGAAGUUCAGAAGCUUGGAGGAGACAUUCGUUGAUUUGGGGAAGCAGCUGCUUGAGAUUGAGCGAAAGGAGAAAUUUUGA